AGCUCCCGUCCCAUCCCCAAGUUAUUACUUCCCCAUUGUCACGUUCUCAAGUUGCAAGAACAAAGAUAGGUACCUAACAACAAGGACCAUUACCUUACGCAGUCUGACUCGGCUCUCUUUGGCUUCCCUCCUUCACAUCUUCCCGACACAGCACCACUGAGCCCUGUUCCUUGUUAAGCUAUUUCCUGAGUACUAUACACAAGGGCGUACUCAAUUGCAUCGUAGCACACCGAAAGCAGAGUGCGAUAAGGCUUCUGAUAUCACUUGCAGCAAAAGAGAAGACGAGCAUCCCAUACUGCCUUUCCACGUACAUAAAUGCCUUAUGGCUUUCUCUAGAGUUUCCUUCUGACCACCUCUGCAGUCCCUCGAGAGAGACUGACAUCAACAACCCCACCACAGCUCUUCUCCGUGUAUGCUCGCCAGACGAUUCAUCACAAUGGCUGCUACCAGAGGCCUCAGCGAUAUUCCGACUCUCGCCUCUCUCUAUCGCGACCCUGAUUCUGCCCUAUCCGAGGCUUAUCUCUCAUCAAGAAGCGACCCUGACUAUCCUUCAUCUGAUCCUAUCAACAAACGUAUCGGUUUGAUUCGCGGUGAUAUCACCAAGCUUCGCCUCGAUGCUAUCGUCAACGCCGCGAACAGAUCUCUACUAGGUGGAGGGGGCGUUGAUGGAGCCAUUCAUAGGGCCGCUGGCAGUGAUCUGGUCAGGGAGUGUAAGACCCUCGGCCCCAUUAACACUGGCGAGGCCGUCAUCACAAAGGGUUACAAUCUCCCUUCCAAGCAUGUCAUUCACACCGUCGGACCUGUGUACGCUGCAGAUACGAACCCUAAUGAAAGUCUCGCCAAUUGCUACCGCGAAAGUUUGAAGCUUGCCGUCGAGAACGGCGUGACCACGAUCGGUUUCAGCGCCAUCAGCACAGGCGUUUAUGGGUUUCCCAACCUUCCUGCCGCUAAGAUCGCCUGCAGGACUGUGAGAGAGUUCCUUGAGAGUGAGGAGGGAAGCAAGCUCACCCGAGUGGUAUUUGUCACGUUUGUUGCUCCUGAUGUGAAUGCGUACAACGAGACGAUUCCACGAAUGUUCCCACCCACGAAAGACGGAUCUGCAUAGAAAGGGGCAGGUGUGAAGCUCUGCGAAGAAUAAGAAUCAUACUUGUGUGAUUCUUGAUGCCCAAGGGCAAGACAGAGCAAUGUGUUUCCCCAAUGCCGUCCCAAACUCAACCUGAGUAACGGAUAUCUACGCCUGUUAUGGUACACCCUGCCGCCCAAAUUUACAACCAAGCAUCUUUGGCCUGGCUCGUGGGUUUCUACGUAAUGAGCAUGAUAGGCUAGCUUUUGUUGGCGUUUGCAACAUGAAACAUGUCUUUGUAAAGGCUAUUUUUAAAUAGCCCAUUCAAAAUAGCUUCUCUGUGUGCAUAUUAAGACUGUUGAAACUACUG